GCUCAAUCAAAACCCUAGAAGAAAGCGAAUGAACAAUCGAGUCUAAUUUCUCCGAUCAAUUACCAUCGGCGAUCCAACGAGUCUAAUUUCUCCGAUCAAUUACCGUCGGCGGUCCAUCUCCCGUAAGAAUUGUACCGCCACCGUGCAUUGGUCUCUCUCCGCAGGCAUACGAAACUGACUAGAAAGCGUUCAUCUAAUGGCAAAACCAAAGAGACUGCCCAAAGAAGUUCUGCAGAACAGUUCAAAUAUCCCUGAGGCCAACUUGUGUGAAGAUGGAUGGGUGAUUGUAAAGAAACAGACUGUCCGGAUUUUAAUUCCUCCUUUACCAAUUACUCAACAACCAUCAACAGAAUCAUCAGACCAACAGCCUAUUCAGCCACAGGCAUGUUCUGAAAAACAAAUCAAUACAAAAUCCCCGCAAAAAAAGGAAACUCACGAGCAGCUACAUUCAAUUCCUGAAAAAGAGAAAGCCACUGCACUGUCUAAUGAGAAAAGAAAAUCAGUGCUCGCCAAACUUGCAAGGCAUGAUAUUGAGUACCAGGACAAAACCGGGAUGAUUAGAUACAAGAACAACAAGAGACCGUUUAACUUGCUUGGUGCUGUUGCUGUAUUGACUAAGAAGAUGAGGGCUUUGAAUCUUGAGAAGAAGCUUCAAAGAGCUGGGGGAUUGAGAAGGUGGUUAGCAUCAUUAGGACUUAAUCAGUUUGCAAAGAUUUUUGAAAGGAAGAGUAUUGGUAAAUUCCAGCUUGUAAAUAUGACAAUGGAGAAACUUAAGGAUAUGGGAGCACAUGCUGUUGGACCAAGGAGAAAGCUUAUGCACGCCAUUGAUUGCCUUUGUCAGCCUCAUUGUUUUGAAGCUUUUCGAAGGAUCGAGUCAUCGAGGAUGAACUGGGUCUGAUUAUUAAUAAAAAUUCUGAGAAGAAGGUUUUUUUUUCUUUGGAGGAGUGGCUAGCACAUCUCAAAACAACAACCCCCCACCCCCUUCAAUCAAGGUGAUUUUAGUGGGAGGAAUUGAUGUUGUGGAUUUUAGGUACAUGUACAUUCUCAGGUCUUGUAUUGGGAGGGCAAAGCUUAAGAUAAUUUGAACUUAUUAUGUUGCGAAUGUUAAGUUUCCGUAAUAAAUUAUUGGAUCAAAGAAGGAUAUUUUGGUUAUUA